AUGGGAUUUCUCCGCUUUUCAAUCCUCUGCUUCCUCUGGCUCACUGUGCCCUUGGGUGCGAUGGCAACAUCCGGGACAGGCUUCAGGUGCAUCAUGUACUUCACUGGCCAGCACCCCAUUGCUCCUCCAAUCGAUCAGCUUCAUCAUGUGACCCAUGUGGCUGUAGCUUUCAUGAGUCCUGGCCUCUUCAAUGAGCCCGGACGCACCGACUGGCCGUUAUUCACUACUGUUGACGAGCUCCGAGCCAAGUUUGCCAAGGGAACCAAGAUCAUGAUUGCCAUUGGCGGUUGGGGCGAUACGGUCGGCUUCUCGGUAGCCGCUCGUACCGACAAGGCCCGUAAGGCCUUCGCCGAAAACGUAGCCGCCAUGGUCAGGGCUACCGGUGCCGACGGCAUCGACGUUGACUGGGAAUAUCCAGGUGGCAAUGGUGAAGACUACAAGCAGGUGCCCAACUCGGCCAAGGCCUGGGAGAUUACUGCUUACCCACUGCUCCUCGAAGAGCUGCGCGCCGCCCUGGGCCCAGACAAGGUGAUUUCAGCUGCAGUGCCUGGUCUGAAGCGUGACAUGCUCGCCUUCACCCACGAGAUGAUGCCACGCAUAAUGCACCACCUCGAUUUUCUGAAUGUCAUGACGUAUGACCUGAUGAAUCGACGAGACACCGUGACCAAACACCAUACCGGAGUUGAGUUGAGCCUUGAGGCCCUCGACGCCUACAUCGCCGCGGGUGUAGCGCCACAGAAGCUCAAUCUGGGCUUUGCCUUCUACGUAAAGUAUUUCCGGACGGAGCGUGAGGCUUGCGAACAGUCGGCCUCCCCGAUCGGCUGUCCGACGCUUCUCCUGGAGGAUCCUGACACGGGAGCCGACCUCGGACGCAGCGGUGCGUUUUCGUGGCAUGACCCGGUGCCAGAAGAAUUGGCCGAAUCAUUUCAAAGAGCGCUCAAUCAAGGGACCUAUGAUGACAAGGGAGGCGGGUACUACUUUUGGGACAGCAUUGAGGAUAUAUGGUGGACUUUUGACACGGCCGAUGCCAUCAGGCGCAAGUUUCCCUCGAUACUCAGUCAGAGGCGCCUUGGGGGCGUGUUCGCCUGGGGUCUGGGCGAAGACGCGCCCCUGUUCGAGCAUCUGGCUGCACUAAAUGACGGCUUGGAAAAGUACCAUGAGGUAAGAGACGAGCUGUGA